GAGUCAGCUUCUUAUCACUGUCUCCUGGGAAGUUUACAACGGCAGGACAUUUCCUCACAAUGUUUAUUUUUUUAAAUCCCGGGAAAAGACUAGGAAUUGUGUUUAUAGGCCAAACGUCGAUGCAAACUUGAGCACUAAUUCAAAUCAGUUGGCCGCUAAUGUUAGCAUGUUGCGCUCUCCUGACGACAGUCGGCGGGAUUUCGCUCCGUCAAUCGUUGGGCUUUCCUUGCUCAUUUGAAACGAGCAUUUGAGAGUUCAGCAUGUUCAACUGUCGUGUUUUUUCAACAAGCUCGGAACGGACAAAACCACAUCAUACUUGGUUUAAACCUUAGCUUUUAACAAGAAAAAUAGAGAACCCCCCCAUUGGCUCCGAAAUCGUUUGCUCCAGCUAAUCCCUCCGAUCUCUCCUGAGCCAAUCAGGUACAGCUGUCUUCCGAACAUUUGCCGUAGCGGAAUCAGGAUCCACCCUCCAUACCAGUUGGUGGCGCUAAUGCACCUUGACUUUGUUUGCCACCUGCCAAGUGCAAACCAAUGGAAGAGAAAGCAAUCACCGCUUUUGAAAUGAUGACUGGUAGCUCAAGCACAUCUCUUCACUAAGCCUCAUUAUUGGGAGCUGGUUAGCUGCAGACGCAAAUGGCACGGCAGCCGGCACCUCGGAGCGCUUCCGCCUUAAGCUCCCCACGAAAAAGGCCCACGCGGGGGCUCGGAGCCGGCGCCUAUGCGGACGCCAAAUAACGCGGAGUCCCGCCAAGUCCCGUCUGCCGCUGAGGGCGGCCAAAAGCAGCGCCGACAGUGCCAUGUGUCCGUCAAAGAAUCGCGGCCAGAGUGGAAAAGUGGCACAAGUAGAUGGCCGUCGGCCUUGUGCUGAUGUUUGGGCGGGAACCUUUCUUCAAAGGCGUCUUUCCGUUGGGACCAAUCGAGGGACGGACGGACGGCUGGGCCCCUUUUCAAGCAAGCGCCAGAGACGUUUGGUCUGCACGCGGCAGCCGCGCCGACUCAUGAGGAAGAGGCCUUGACUAAAUAUCACCGGCGGCCAUCGUUUCUUUCCGGCUGCGUCGGCUCCUGAGGCCGGCCAGGUCACCGCGUGCGUGACCCGUCCACCGUACAGGACUCCGGUGAAGGAGCGGACCGGACCAAAGCAAAGGCCCCAUCGUCUGCUGUGUUGACUUUUGACAAGGGCGACGCUCGCGAUGGAGCGGAACGCCAGCCGUCCCGCUGGUUGCGGUCCGCAAGUGUCCUCGCUCUACUUCAAGCUGUGCGACCUGCAGGCGGCCUGGGGGGUGGUGGCGGAGGCCUUGGCGGCGGCCGGCGCCGUGCUCAGCCUGCUUCUGUUGGUGACGCUGCUCGCCAGCGUACCCUUCGUGCGGGAGCGCCAGCGCAGGAACGGCGUGGCCCUGCACGCUGUCUUCCUGGCGUGCACGGGCGGCCUCUUCGGCCUGACCUUCGCCUUCGUCGUGGGCGAGAACUCAUCCACCUGCGUGUCACGGCGCUUCCUGUUCGGCGUCCUCUUUGCCGGCUGCUUUUCGUGUCUCCUGGUUCAAGGCGUGCGGCUGAACGCGCUGGCCAGGGGCAAGCGCGCCCCGCCGGCAUUGAGUUCCUGCCUGGCCGCCGCGGCUCUGUGGGCGGUGGAGGUGGUGGUCAACGCCGAGUGGCUGAUCAUCACGGUGGCGCGCCAGCCGGCGACGGACGGGUCCGCCGACGCAGCCUGCAACCUGACCAAAGCCGACUUUGCCAUGGCGCUCAUCUACGUGAUGGCGCUCCUGGGCGCUACGCUGUGCGCCGGCCUUGGCGUGGUGGUGGCCGGAAAAGAGCAGCCAUGGAGGAGGGAGGGCGCCCUCAUCCUGGCCUGCGCCUUCCUCUCGGCGGGGAUCUGGGUGGCGUGGAUCGCCUUGUACGUCCGGGGGAGCGAAGGCGGGCCCAGGUGGGACCAGCCCACCCUGGCCGUAGCCCUGGUGGCCAACGCCUGGAUCUUCCUGGCCACCGUCGCCAUCCCGCAAGUGUGCUGCUCGGCCGGCGACGGGGAACCUGACUUUGGCCAGGACGCGCACCCGGGCCGCGCCGUGGGCUACGAGAACGUUGUCCGGGGGCGCAACGUUUUCGCCGACAGCAGGGAGAACAAAGCCUUCGCUGCGGACGAGCCCGCGCAAGGUGCCGAGGCGGUGUCCCCGUACAGCGGCUACACGGGUCAGCUGAGAAGUUCCGUGUACCAGCCCACCGAGCUGGCCAUCAUCUCCGAAGCCCGCAAUCCUCCGGGAGGGCCCUCCCCCUCUCCCUCUCAUUCCGCCGUUCCCAGAGCGUCGGCCCUCGCAAAUGCUUACGGAAACAACGAUCACGCGUGGUCGCACAGGAGGACAGAGUGGUAACACCCGCUCGGCGUGCUCUUUUGGCCCCUCCCUCUGCCUGAUGAUAGUCCGGACGCCGAUCCGUUCACCGCUCGCGUGUGACGGAGGCAAGAGUUGCGGACUCAUAAUACUUAUGUCUGUUGUGGGCCGCUGUGUCUGAACUCCGCAAGACAGAAGUGCAGUGCGCCACAUUCGAGUUUAGCACACGCUUCUGGAGAUUCUGCUGGAAACUACACGCUAGCUUCAAGGACAAUUGGCAGCACUACAUUUUAGGCCACUCCACGAGACGAUAAUAUAGCUGCAACACAUACCCCCCCCCCUAUCAUCUUUUUCACUGUCAGAAUUUAUUCAUUUGGUUCUUUGCAAAAUAAAAGCGCCUUAGC